CCUUCCCUCUCCGCCAAUGCAGGAGGCCUUUGCUCCCCUGGUCCCAUCCUCCGAGGAGCUGGGGCCGGAAGAUGGCGGCGGCCGCGGAAUUGAAGCUGCUAGAGAAGUCCUUGGGGCUGAGUAAGGGAAAUAAGUACAGUGCCCAGGGCGAGCGGCAGAUUCCAGUUCUUCAAACAAACAAUGGUCCAAGCCUAACAGGAUUGACUACGAUAGCAACUCAUCUAGUCAAAGAAGCCAACAAGGAGUAUUUGCUGGGAAGUACUGCAGAAGAAAAAGCAACCGUUCAGCAGUGGCUGGAAUACAGGGUCACUCGAGUAGAUGGACACUCCAAUAAAGAGGAUAUCCACACCCUGUUGAAGGAUCUUAAUUUGUAUCUUGAAGAUAAAGUCUACCUUACAGGAUACAACUUUACCUUAGCAGAUAUCCUACUGUACUAUGGACUUCAUCGCUUUAUAGUGAUUCUAAUGCUGCCAGUGUGAUGUCGACACUGAGAACCACUGUGCUGCAUCUGUCACGGCGUAGGACACAGUGGACGUAGGGGCUGGCUGCCUGCAUCCAAGGACUCGUGCUUUCGUCUUUUUGCACAGCUGAAGCAUUCUGCCUUCCGUGGGGUGGCUCUUGUCACUGGAGCAGUUUCUCUGCAGUAGCUCUGGCAGGAAGACGCCACAUGUUCUCCAGAUGAUGUCAUUCACCAGAAGCAUCUCUAGGGGGAGUAGCAGAAUUUGGUACAGGAAGAUUUAGUCCUGGACUCUAAACUUGCUGCCCCUGAGAAGACCACUGACGCUGAUUCACAGUGCACUGCUCCACACCAAAGUGACGUUCCUGCCCAGUGUGUCACAUGUAUUUCCUAAACUUCAGGGAACUAAUACCUAGCAAUUGAUAGUAUCUUACCCCCCAGAGACCCUCUGAUCUUUCCCCCUCCCUUGCUCAUCAGUUUUUGCAUUUUCAAUUCUCUAACCCUCUUCCAAAAAAGGUUAGAAAAAGGGAGAUUAAAAAGUAAUGCCAACAGAAAAUGUUCCGGAGGAGCAUAGGCAUAACAACGAAUAAAACCAGCAAACAUUUUUAUUUCUCCCAUGACCGUGGCUGACCUGCACAUUUCUGGGACCACAGGUGGCUUAUGUGACUGCAUUCAGCUGGCUGAUGUCUGCAUUGACAGAUUGAGGAAAGUCUCCUUCAUAUAUCUGGGCCAAGGUUCCUCAUUCCUAUCUCACACAGCGCGCGCCUCUCUCUCUCUCUCUCUCUCUCUCUCUCUCUCUCUCUCUCUCUCUGAUGCUCAACUACCAGGACUUCUCCACAUGCUAGCAUCACUUCCUGUGCUUCUCUAUGGGAAAGUCCGAACUUCCAGAAAGCUAAAACAGAAAACUGCUGGGGGACUUAGAGAACUGGCAGGGCAUUUUUUCUACCGUGCUUUAUUGGUCAAAGCAAGCCACAAGGCCGGUAGGCCUAUGAUGAUUGUGUCUGUGCUGAACACAUGAAGACUUUUUCCCUUGCCCCUAUUCCCUAAAUGAUACAGAAUAACACUUGUUUUUACAGUGUUUUCAUUGUGUUGGGUAUUAUAAGUCAUCUAGAGGUGAUUUAAAAUCUAUAGGAAGAUAUGCAAUAGCUUCUGUAAAAAAUGACAUAUAAGAGACAUAUGGAUUUGGGUUUCAGAGGGGGUUCUGAAAUUGAUCCUUUUCAAAUCCUCAAUUAGUUUAAUGAGAGGAUUAGGAGGUAUAUGGUAUAUGAUGUGUGAUACCAUUUUAUAAAUUUCCAAGUGCUAAGCAAGGAGAAGACAUUUUAGUGGUGGGUGAUAAAAGUUGAUUAGAAGAAUUGUAGCAGUAGUUCACAAUAGCUAAGCUAUGGAACCAACCUAGGUGCCCUUCAACACAUGAAUGAUUAAAGAAAAUGUGGUACAUAUACACAAUAGAAUAUUACUCAGCCAUAAAGAAGAAUGUAAUUGUGUUAUUUGCUGGUGAAGGAUUGGAACUGCAGACUACCAUGCUAAGUGAAAUAAGCCAAUCCCAAAAACCAAAGGCUGAAUGUUCCCUCUAAUAUUUGGAUGCUGACUGACAAUAAGGGAGGAGGCAGAAAUAAAGGUUCACUGGAUUAGACAAAGGAAUGAAGGGAAGGGAGGAGAGAAGGGAAUUGGAAAUACAGUGGAAUGAAUUGGACAUAACUUUCCUAUGUUCAUAUA